AGCUCAGGAAUGGAAGAGAUGGUCUGGGAGCAGUACACAGUCACUCUGCAGCGGGACUCUAAGAUGGGUUUUGGCAUCGCUGUGUCAGGAGGGCGUGACAACCCCAAUGUGGAGAAUGGAGAAACGUCAAUCAUCGUGUCAGACGUGCUGCAGGGAGGACCAGCAGAUGGAUUACUCUUUGAGAAUGAUCGUGUCAUUCAAGUCAACUCCACCCCCAUGGACAACGUGCCUCAUUCCUUUGCUGUGCAGUCCCUACGUAAAUGUGGCAAAGUGGCCAAAAUAACGGUGAAGAGACCUCGGAAGAUGGUGCUCUCAAUGAAGCAGUCCCCAUCCCCAGGUGGAGACAGUCGGGAAUACUCCCCUUCCACCCACUACUAUGAUGCCGACAAUGAUGAUGGAUGGUACCGUAAUGAAGGCAGGGACCACACCACUGACAGCAAAGGAUACCUGGAUCCUGAGUACAGGGGAGGGCGGGACUACAACCACAGGGGAAGGAGCCGCGGGAGAAGCCUGGAGAGAACCUCGCCCAGCACAGACAGAGCCAGGAGGGAGGGCAGCCGGGGACGAGCUCUGGAAACCAGUGGCGACCGUCAGAGGUACCACAGCCGAGGACGCAGUCCCGGGGAAAGUUCCAAAAUGGAGGACAACUUUGAGCGAGGAGGAGGAGGAAGAGGAGAAAGGUAUAAGAGCAGGGACCAGAUUAAUGACAACCCUCCAUCCCCAGAACCUUCCAAAGAGCUGGAGCCGCUGGAGAAACCUGUAAAUGUCCUGCUGGUGAAGAACAGACCCAGCGAAGAGUAUGGUCUACGUCUGGGAAGUCAGAUCUUCAUCAAACAGAUGACCAGCACAGGCCUGGCUGCCAAGGACGGGCACCUGCAGGAGGGUGACAUUAUUCUUAAGAUCAAUGGGACAGUGACAGAGAACCUGUCUCUGCAUGAUGCCGGGAAACUGAUAGAGAAGUCGAGAGGGAAGCUACAGCUGGUGGUCCUCAGAGACCGCCGCCAGAUCCUUGUGCGAAUCCCCCCCCUCGCAGACUCUGACUCUGAUAAUGACGAUAAUAUGUCAUACUUUUAGAUGAAGGACCACCCAAGACACAGCAAUGUGUAACAAUAUGUUGCCUUUCUCUAAGCUGUAAACGGCUGUGACACAACCUGACUAAGUUGUAAAGCUUUCACACCUUUUGCACUUGUCUUUUUGCUGCUCUAAAUCUUUUUAACUUUUUAAUACAUGAUUCGUUUUCCUGAAUAAACACAUUUUAAUGACUAUG